GAGACGGUGAAGCGGGCGGUAGAGCUGGACGUAGCGUCUCGGUUCCAGGAGUCGCUAGUGUGUUACCAGGAGGGCAUCGACCUCCUGCUGCAGGUGGUGAAAGCCACGAAAGAUGAGGCCAAAAAGCACCGAUACCGGCAGAAAAUAUCCGAGUACAUGACCAGAGCUGAAGACAUUAAGAAACACAUUGAAAAAGAGAAACAAGAUGGCAAAUACCAUAAGCAGAUCAGGAUAGAGGAAAAUGCAACAGGUUUCAGCUAUGAAAAGGUUUUCCAAGAGUACCUUUCUGAGAUUGUUUCCGAGGUUUGGGUGGAGGACCCGUACAUUCGGAGUGUUCAUCAGUUGUAUAACUUCCUGCGGUUCUGCGAGAUGGUAGUUAAGGGGCCAUGCAAAGUGAAAACAAUCCACCUCCUCACUUCCUAUGAUGAAGGUAGUGGGAAGAGUCAGCAGAUAAGUGGCUUGGAUGAAAUACAACAGUCAUUGAGGAAUUAUGGAGUAACACUGAAUAUUGCAUUUUCAUCUUCAAUCCAUGAUCGGGAAAUUAGAUUCAACAAUGGAUGGAUGAUUAAGAUUGGAAGGGGUCUUGAUUAUUUUAAGAAACCACAGGGUCGUUUCAGCAUUGGAUACUGUGAUUUUGACUUGCGACCUUGUCAUGAAACAACAGUGGAUGUCUUUCAUACUAAACAUACAAAGAAAAUGUGA